AUGGAGCGCAUGGAGCACGCGGAGGCGCCGGCGCCCGAGGCUCCGAAAGACCUCGAGGAGGAGCUGGCCUCGGAGGAGGAGAAUGCUGAUGUGGACAUGGUUGAGGGCGAGGAGGGCAAGGCAAAGAAGCGCGCCCGCAAGAGGGUCCAUUGCCACGACCUCAAGAAGAUGUUCGAUGCAGGCAAGUCCCUGACGCCACCCAAGCUGCCGUUGCCCAGCCCAGCGCGAGCCGGGCAACAACCCUUGGCAGCGAGCUGCUUCAACCUGAAGGUCAGCAGUCUGCAAGAGGUUCCGGACACGGGCCUGUCUGCCGUGGAUGACCCGAACCGCCUCGAGCUGCAGGUGCACACCGCGCCGGUGAAUUUGCAGGGCCUGGAGCUGGUGCCGGUGCUCACGGCGCGGCUGCCGCUGCAGAACUCCGGCAAGGCCAUCUUCCAGAAGUUGCCGGCCACGUGGCUGGACAUCACCGGCAACACCACUGCCCUUGGGACCCGGUGCCUCUUCACCUCCCGGCGCCACGAGAACUCCGUCUUCGAGGCUUUGGCGCCGGAGCGCUUCCUGCAGGUGCCUGAGGCCUUGCAGGAGUGGCAGCUGCCAAUGCUGCGCUCGGGGGAUAUGCUGAAGGUGGAGAACCAGGAGCCCUGGAUCCUGCAGGUGCAUCCUGGCCAAGACCAGCUGCGAGUGCUGGUGCGGCCAGGGGCGCUGCUGCAGCGCAUGCUGCGCCGGGGCGCCGCGCUGCCGGUCGUGCGCUUCACCUGGCGCCUGCGGGACACCACGGUGCAGAGGGCGGACGAGCGUCAUGCAGCGACAAUGGGGGAGUUCUCCAUUCUGAGCAACUUGGAGGAUGCGGCCACCACGCAGCCCCCGCACUUCCACAGCUUCCCGCUGCGGCGCGAACAGCUGCGGAGCUUGGGGUGGAUGCUGUCGCAGGAGCGGCAGGAGAAAGAGGCCUUUGCCACGGAGCUCUGUGAGGCCGAGAGUUGCCCCGACGCCAACCACUGGCGCCUCGAAGGCAGCCUUCGUUGUGAAUACCUCGGUGUGCGGGGUGGCGUGCUGGCGGACGCCAUCGGGUAUGGGAAGACCGCGUGUACCAUCGGCCUCGUGGACAAAACCAAGGAGCUGACUAUGCCGCGGGUGCCAAUGCCCUACAGAGGCUUCGUGCCCAGCCGGGCCACCCUGGUGCUCGCCCCCAGCAACUUGCACAACCAGUGGCUGCAGGAGAUCAAGAAGUUCACGGGAAACCACCUCACCGUGUUGUCCGUGCCUACCUGCGCGCAGCUCAAACGCCUGUCAAUGAAGGAUCUGGCAGAAGCCGACGUGGUGGUUGCCACCUAUCGGCUCUUCUACUCGCAGCCCUACCUCACCCGCCUAGAAGAGCUGGCAAGGGAGAUCCUUCUGGGAUUCACCUUCCCCAAGCAGAGCGGAGGUCAGCAGCUCUGUAGUGAAUGGUCCGAGGCGUACCGCCGCGCCUUCGAGGUGCUGCCCACGUGGGCGGCGCGGCGGGUGGGGCUCCGCACCGAGGAGGGCGAGUCCCAGGGCAAACGUCGGCGGUUGAACAAGAAGCAGAUGGACGGCUCGCAGGCCUUUGCUUCCGAGGAGCCUUCCAAGCACCAGGCGGCCGCCACACAGUUCGUACCCCUCGAGGCCUUCUGGUGGCGCCGCGUGGUCUGCGACGAGUUCCACGAGCUGCUGACGCGGUAUCCCCCGGCCCAGGUGGCGGUGGAGCUCUUCCACGCGGACUUCAAAUGGGGCUUGAGCGGCACUUUGCCCUGCCAGACGCUGCAGAAGGUUCGCAAGGCGGCGAGCUUCUUUGGUGUGCAGCUGCCGGAGGAUGACCGGGAGGAGGCACGCAAGGUGGCGCAGGAGUGGCUGGACGCGUUCGCGCGACGGAACACCUCCGAGCUGCCGCCGCUGGAAGAGGAGGAGAAGAUUGUGCCGGUGCGGCAGACACCCAAGGAGCGAGCGUUGUACUUGGCACUCACGGAGCAGCAAAGCCAAGAUCUCGCGGCCUCGCAGCUGGCUACGGAGAUGCCAGAGGAGAUCAAGGCGCUGAAGGAGGUGGGCAAAAGCACCACGGGCCUCCUGAAGAUCUGCUCCCACUUCUGUGCCUCCGGGGCUUCCAACGUGCUCAGCGCCGAGGACGAGUGUCAGCGGCAGCUGCAGCUGCGUCGCAUGAAGCUGAGCCAGGCCCAGCGUGACGCCAAGGCCUUGGCAGACAAAGCGUUGGCCACGGUGCAGUUGGUGCAACACUUCGAGCCCCACUUCGCCAGGACCCCUACGGAGUCCAACUGCGAGGCGCUUGGCAAGGUGACUAAGGCCUCACUUACCUCUCGACUGAAGUGGCUGGGCGAGGCUGUGACUCAAGGCAGCAAGGCGGAGCUGCUGGAGCAGUUGCUCUCAGCCACAAGGCAGCGGCCCGCUGCCGUCAAGGCGAAGGCCCCGAGCUGA